CAUGUUUCAAUGUAGAGUUUUCCCUUUGGGCCCAAAUGUUUCGUGACUUUCUGUAAUACAUCGCUGUUGAAUAAUUGUACCGAAUCUCUUACAAUCCAAAGAAAUUAACAAUGGAUCACGGCGCACAUAAUAUGGCUGCAAGGUGCUCAAUGCACAUGCUCUGGAAUACCCAAAUCAUCGACACAUGCGUCGUAUUUUCCCAAUGGCACAUCCGCUCUAACCUCCAAUUCUUCUUCUCCUUCCUUGCCAUCGUAGCACUGGGCAUGCUCUACGAGUACCUCCGCGUCUUCUCGAGGGACUUUGAUAAACGCAUUGCUGUAAAAGUGAGGAUCCAGAACGCGCGUAGGACGCCGCUUACUGCGAGUGGACGGAGCUCGUCUAAACGUCAUGAUGAUGACACCAAGAAGACGGGCUUGUUGAAUGGGUCGAGGGUCACGAAGAAGCAGGGAUUCGCUGUUCCCCCUCUCUAUCGUGCCAUGCGCGCUGUGCUGUAUGGAGCCAGCGUUGGCUUGUCUUUCUUUUUGAUGCUUGUGUUUAUGACGUAUAAUGCAUACCUGAUUUUUGCAGUUAUCCUUGGUGCCGGGGCAGGACACUACAUCUUGGGUGACACUAUUGAGUCAAACGGUCUUGCUGACAAGGGGAUGACAUGUCAUUGAUAUGUGUACAUGGGGAAAGCUGCUAUCAAUAUGGAUGUAUAUCCCUUCUGCUUACAUCGCUUCGAUUAGUCUCCAUGGCUCUAUCAAAGACUAGGUCUGAUAUAGACAGACCAUUAAUCAGAAUGCCGGUUUCUUCUACGCUUCAUAAUUAAUCACUCCAAAGGUUGAAGAAAUUGUUGUAC